GUUGUUGACGCAUCGGUGAAUGACCUUAGAGUAAACACAGAAUUGUGCAUUGAUAACAUUAAAGAUUUUAUGAGCAAUUGUAAGCAAGAGCUCGCAAAACAGGCAGAUAUACAUAAACAGGAUAUCGAUGAACACGUCGACAGUCAAAAACAAGGCAUAGAUGAUCACACCGGAAGAAACAAACAGGGCAUAGAUGAACAUGUCAAAGGACACAAACAGGGUAUGGAUAAACACGCCGAUAUACACAAACAGGGCAUGGAUAAACACGCCGAUAGACACAAACAGGACAUGUAUGAACACGCCGAUAGACACAAACAGGGCAUGGAUGAACACGCUGAUAAACACAAACAGGACAUCGAUGAACACGCUGGUAGACACAAACAGAACAUGGAUGAACACGCUGAUAGACACAAACAGGGCAUAGAUGAACACGCCAGUAGACACAAACAGUGCUUAGAUGAACAAGCAGAAAAAUGCAUUAAGGACAUCCAAGAACAGUUUGGAAAUACAAAUUUCACUGAAACAACGUACAAACAGUCCUGUAAAGGUAUUAUAUGGCUCUUCACACAUGUGAUUGCAAUCAUGGAAUUAUAAAAUUAGGUAUAUUUGUACGCAGAUGAGUU